AUGGUUGGCCAGGAUCACGCGGAGCGACUCCGGGUUAAACUUGGUUUCGAUGGUGUUUUUAAAGUUGACAGUAUAGGUACAAAAGGAGGAUUGGCGUUAUUAUGGAGAACGAAUGGUACAGCAAGUUUAUUGGGCUACUCUAGAAAUCAUGUGGAUGUAGAGGUGACUAUGCGAGGUUUUAAUAGAUGGAGAAUGACAGGAUUCUAUGGUUUUGCACAAAGGGGAAGACGGAAUGACGCUUGGGAACUCAUCAAAUCUCUAUCACACCGCUCUGAGUUACCAUGGGUGGUUAUAGGGGAUUUUAAUGAUCUUCUGUACCAGUAUGAGAAGCGAGGGGGGAAUCCCCAUCCUAAGGCACUGUUACGUGGCUUUGGAGAUACCAUUGAUGAGUGUGGCUUGGCUCAGUUACCUAUGCAAGGGUACCCAUUUACCUGGGAAAGGGGAGAAGGGACUGUGGACUGGAUUGAGGAGAAGUUGGAUAAAGUGCUGGUCACUCAGGAAUGGCGGGAUGUGGUAAGAGAGGCCACUGUCUUAAACAUUCUAACCCGACGCUCAGAUCAUUCUGCUCUUUUCCUUGGGAUUCUGAAUCUUCGGGAAAGGACGGGUGGUGGGAGGAGAGGGUUCCGUUUUGAGAUGGCCUGGUUGCAUGAUGAAGGAUGUAGAGGUGUAGUCGAGACGACAUGGACUGAGGGGAGAGAUAGGGGUUUACAGGCCCGUAUCGAACUCUGUGGUAACAAACUAUUGCGAUGGGGAGGUGAUAGAUUCCACAAGUUUGAGGAGCAAAUUAAGUGUCUCCGGAAGGAGCAGUUGCGGCUGCGUGGACAUACAGAUCAGGGAGAUGCCAUGAGAACUGUUAUUCUUGAUUAUUACCGAGAUAUCUUCUCGUCAAAUCAAGCUGAGAUGGAUGGAAGUUUUUAUGCCAAUAUCUUGCCCCGAGUAUCACACACACAGAAUGAUGCUCUAUUGCGCCCUUUUGAGAAAGCGGAAGUAAAAACAGCACUUUUUGCCAUGUUUCCGGACAAGGCACCUGGCCCGGAUGGAAUGAAUCCGAGAUUUUAUCAGCAUUUCUGGGAUGUGGUGGGAGAGGAUGUGUCAGAUUUUAUUGUGGAUUGUCUAAAUACACGAUCCUUACCAGCAAGUUUGAAUGCUACUGAUAUAGUUCUAAUACCGAAGAAGAAGAACCCAGAACGGGUCUCAGAUCUUAGACCCAUAGCACUAAGUAAUGUGGUAUACAGGGUCAUGGCCAAGAUGAUUACAACCAGAAUGAAACCGUUGAUGGAUGAGAUUAUUUCGAAUACACAGAGUGCAUUCAUACCUGACAGGCUGAUUACAGAUAAUAUUUUGAUUGCUGCAGAAGUUCGUCAUUAUUUAAAUAGGAAACAAUGUGGUAUGGUGGGUUGGGGUGCUUUAAAGCUGGAUAUGGCAAAAGCAUAUGAUCGAAUGGAAUGA